AGCCAAAAUAAUUUUGGUGAGAUUCCAGAUGUGUGUGAAUGGCCAAAAACCCUGAAAUAUUUAAACCUCUCCAGCACUCAAAUUCCUAAACUAACGACUUGCAUUCCCCUGACGCUGGAAGUUUUGGACGUUAGCACUAACAACCUGAAGGAGUUUGGAUUGCAACUGCCAUUUCUCAAAGAGCUGUACCUCACAAAAAACCAGCUGAAGACCCUGCCUGGUGCCGCACCCGUUCCUAACUUAGUGGCCAUGUCAGUCAGAAGAAACAAGCUCAACAGUUUAUCCAGGGAAGAGUUUGAGUCCUUCAAGAAAAUGGAGCUGCUGGAUGCCAGUGACAACAACUUCAUUUGCUCCUGUGAAUUCCUCUCCUUCAUCCACCACCAGGCCGGGAUAGCCCAGGUGCUGGUGGGGUGGCCAGAUGGGUAUGUCUGUGACUCUCCCCUGGCCCUGCGAGGGGCGCAGGUGGGAGCUGUGCACCUCUCCCUGAUGGAGUGCCACAGGUCCCUCAUGGUGUCACUGAUCUGCGCCCUGGUGUUCCUGGUCAUCCUCAUCCUCGUGGUUGUCAGCCACAAGUACCACGCGAUCUGGUACCUGAGAAUGACCUGGGCAUGGCUCCAAGCGAAGCGGAAGCCCAAGCGAGCCCCGCCCAGGGACAUCUGCUAUGACGCUUUUGUCUCCUACAGCGAGAAUGACUCCGACUGGGUGGAAAACGUAAUGGUGCGGGAGCUGGAGCAGGCCUGCCCCCCCUUUCGGCUCUGCCUCCACAAGCGGGACUUUGUGCCUGGGAAGUGGAUCGUGGACAACAUCAUUGACUCCAUAGAGAAGAGCCACAAAACGCUCUUUGUGCUGUCCGAGCACUUUGUGCAGAGCGAGUGGUGCAAAUACGAGCUGGACUUCUCGCACUUCCGCCUCUUUGACGAGAACAACGAUGCAGCAAUUCUCGUCCUCCUGGAGCCCAUCCAGAGCAAAGCGAUUCCCAAGAGGUUCUGCAAACUGCGAAAGAUCAUGAACACGAAGACGUACCUGGAGUGGCCUCUUGAAGAAGAGCAGCAGGCGAUG